AUCGGGGUUCUUUCAUUUCUAAUUUGCCUAAAAACAAUGUAGAAACUUUUUUAAUAUUUAUUAGUUGUGUUUUUAUGCCUGCAUUUUCGAGAUUCGAGCAGUAAGAGUUUUGACAUUUGAACUCGCUAUUCAAAGAUAAAAAGAAACAAAAACAUAGAAGAGAAGAUGGCAGUUACUAACUUCAUAAUGUUUUAUAUUACAUGUGUCAGUUUUGUUCAAGAUUUUGUUUUCUGUGAAGUCUUUGGAGAGAAUGGAAAACAAAUGACAUUAACCCCAAACAUUCAUGGAAUGCCUGUAGAAAUAAUGUGGAAACACAAUAGCAACAUCAUUAUGGACUAUGACCAGAGAGUGGUGAAUGAGUACGGCUCAUUUAAAGGACGUGUAGUUCUUGAUUUUGAAACAGGACAGCUCACAAUAACAAAGUUGAACAUCCAAGACAGUGGCCAAUAUCAGUCUGAGAUUUUGAUCGCUGGACAGGCUCAGAAAUCAGAACAUACUUUGAUAGUCUUGGAUGCUAUGCCAGAGCCAACAGUGACAUGUGAAGUGGACAAAACUUCAGAUUUAAAAACUCUGCUAUGUUCAGUGGACUCGCAGACUCAGCCAAGCUAUGAAUGGAAUGGACCAAAUUUUUCUGGUCGUCAUGGGCCAAAACUUUCUGUUGCCAAACAGGAAGAGAACCAGGACUCAGUCUUUACUUGCACUGUGAAGAACAAAGUGAGCAGCAAAAGCACAGAAUUCACUUUGAAAGACUGCCACAAAGGCAGAGCAGCAGCUGCGGUGAACGCUCCGGUUCUUACAGUCAUACUUCUCCUCAUUGUCACUCUACUCAUAUUGCUUGCUUUGUCCUUCAACAAGCGGAGAAAGGAAAAGUUAGCAAGGAGGUCUGACCCAGAGAAAAUGCACUGUGACUAUGGUGAACGCCAUAACCUUUUGAGAGAACUCAUAACGGAGGAUAUACCAGGUUCAUCUGAUGCCACAAUACCUUGUCACUCCAGACUUACUUCACCAAAAGAGUCCAUUGCUGUGAAACACUGGGAGCAGAUACAGAUUCAUCAUGACAUCCCCUCAGAGAAUAUAGUUGAAAUUGAGGGAGAAACGCAUGUGAAGGGAAAACAUUUUUUGCAGGAACAAAAUCGAAAAUGCACUGUUGGCACACCGAGGGACUCUUGUCAACCAGUGGAGAAACAAAACUCUGGAAAAAUUGAGAUGGUAAAUAUUCUGCAUCAGAGUCCAGAAUCUACUGUUACUGAAAGAAACAAAGAGGACACAGAAAAUGAAGUAAAAGAACGAGACAAAAAUGAAAACAGUCAAAAUGAACUUAAAGCAAAAGAAAGCAAUUGUAGCAAACCCGAUGAAACUGACAAAGAAAAGAAUGAGAGAAAUGAACCCUUAAAAAACCCUGAAGAAUUCAGUGAUAUCAGGAUGAACCAGGAUUUGGAACUAGAUCAGAGCGAACAAGUUCAGAAACAAAAGAAGAAAGAGGGAAGACAGAUAAUGGAAAAGAAUGAUGAAAAGAGGGAAAAGUCAUCUGAGCAGCAAGAUGAGAGUCUGGGAAAUAAGAAAAACAAAGCUACGACUAAUAAUGAGGAUGUCCUCACACCAGGAGAGAAAAAGGAGGAGGAGAAUGAAGAGAGAACAGAAGAUUUAAAUCAUGAAGAGAAAAAAGAGGAGAAAGAAGAGAGAACAGAAGAGUUAAACCAUGGAGAGACAAAAGAGGAGGAGAAAGAAGAGAGAACAGAAGGGGUAAACCAUGGAGAGAGAAAAGAGGAGAACGAAGAGAGAACAGAAGAGGUAAACCAUAGAGAGAAAGAAGAGAGAACAGAAGAGGUAAACCAUGGAGAGAAAGAAGAGGAGGAAGAAGAGAGAACAGAAGAGGUAAAACAUGGAGAGAAACAAGAGAGAACAGAAGAGUUAAACCAUGGAGAGACAAAAGAGGAGAAAGAAGAGAAAACAGAAGAGGUAAACCAUGGAGAGAAAAAAGAGGAGAAAGAAGAGGUAAACCAUGGAGAGAAAAAAGAGGAGAAAGGGAGAACAGAAGAGGUAAACCAUGGAGAGAAAAAAGAGGAGAAAGAAGAGGUAAACCAUGGAGAGAAAAAAGAGGAGAAAGAAGAGAGAACAGAAGAGGUAAACCAUGGAGAGAAAAAAGAGGAGAAAGAAGAGGUAAACCAUGGAGAGAAAAAAGAGGAGAAAGGGAGAACAGAAGAGGUAAACCAUGGAGAGAAAAAAGAGGAGAAAGAAGGUAGAACAGAAGAGGUAAACCAUGGAGAGAAAAAAGAGAAAGAAGAGAGAACAGAAGAGGUAAACCAUGGAGAGAAAAAAGAGGAGGAGAAAGAAGAGAGAACAGAAGAGGUAAACCAUGGAGAGAAAAAAGAGGAGAACAAAGAGAGAACAGAAGAGGUAAACCAUGGAGAGAAAAAAGAGAAAGAAGAGAGAACAGAAGAGGUAAACCAUGGAGAGAAAAAAGAGGAGGAGAAAGAAGAGAGAACAGAAGAGGUAAAACAUGGAGAGAAACAAGAGGAGGAGAAAGAAGAGAGAACAGAAGAGGUAAACCAUGGAGAGAAAAAAGAGGAGGAGAAAGAAGAGAGAACAGAAGAGGUAAACCAUGGAGAGAAAAAAGAGGAGAAAGAAGAGAGAACAGAAGAGAUAAAACAUGGAGAGAAACAAGAGGAGAAAGAAGAGGGAACAGAAGAGGUAAAACAUGGAGAGAAACAAGAGGAGGAGAAAGAAGAGAGAACAGAAGAGGUAAACCAUGGAGAGAAAAAAGAGGAGAAAGAAGAGAGAACAGAAGAGGUAAACCAUGGAGAGAAAAAAGAGGAGAAAGAAGAGAGAAAAGAAGAGGUAAACCAUGGAGAGAAAAAAGAGGAGAAAGAAGUGGUAAACCAUGGAGAGAAAAAAGAGGAGAAAGGGAGAACAGAAGAGGUAAACCAUGGAGAGAAAAAAGAGGAGGAGAAAGAAGAGAGAACAGAAGAGGUAAACCAUGGAGAGAAAAAAGAGGAGGAGAAAGAAGAGAGAACAGAAGAGGUAAACCAUGGAGAGAAAAAAGAGGAGAAAGAAGAGGUAAACCAUGGAGAGAAAAAAGAGGAGGAGAAAGAAGAGAGAACAGAAGAGGUAAACCAUGGAGAGAAAAAAGAGGAGGAGAAAGAAGAGAGAACAGAAGAGGUAAACCAUGGAGAGAAAAAAGAGGAGAAAGAAGAGGUAAACCAUGGAGAGAAAAAAGAGGAGGAGAAAGAAGAGAGAACAGAAGAGGUAAACCAUGGAGAGAAAAAAGAGGAGGAGAAAGAAGAGAGAACAGAAGAGGUAAACCAUGGAGAGAAAAAAGAGGAGAAAGAAGAGGUAAACCAUGGAGAGAAAAAAGAGGAGAAAGAAGAGAGAACAGAAGAGGUAAACCAUGGAGAGAAAAAAGAGGAGGAGAAAGAAGAGAGAACAGAAGAGGUAAACCAUGGAGAGAAAAAAGAGGAGAAAGAAGAGAGAACAGAAGAGGUAAACCAUGGAGAGAAAAAAGAGGAGAAAGAAGAGAGAACAGAAGAGGUAAACCAUGGAGAAAAAAAAGAGGAGGAGAAAGAAGAGAGAACAGAAGAGGUAAACCAUGGAGAGAAAAAAGAGGAGAAAGAAGAGAGAACAGAAGAGGUAAACCAUGGAGAGAAAGAAGAGAGAAAAGAAGAGGUAAACCAUGGAGAGAAAAAAGAGGAGAAAGAAGAGAGAACAGAAGAGGUAAACCAUGGAGAGAAAAAAGAGGAGAAAGAAGAGGUAAACCAUGGAGAGAAAAAAGAGGAGAAAGAAGAGAGAACAGAAGAGGUAAACCAUGGAGAGAAAAAAGAGGAGGAGAAAGAAGAGAGAACAGAAGAGGUAAACCAUGGAGAGAAAAAAGAGGAGAAAGAAGAGAGAACAGAAGAGGUAAACCAUGGAGAAAAAAAAGAGGAGGAGAAAGAAGAGAGAACAGAAGAGGUAAACCAUGGAGAGAAAAAUGGAGAUUCACCAGAUAAACUGGGGCCUAAUUACAGGUGAAACUGAGAAUAGUUUCAACACAGAUUCCUCCAGUAUGACUGCUUUAAACCCAACUGCACCAAGUAAUGACACUGUUAUAAAAGACCAGGACAAGAAAGAGACUGAUGAGGGUGAUACAUCAAGUGAUAGAUGUGUUCAUGCUGAUUAAGAAGCAAAUGAAGAAGAAGAACUUCGAGGACUGGAGCCAAUGGAGAAAGGAAAGUAUGCCACAAAUAAAGAAACGAAAGUCCGACAGGAACAAAUGCCAGAAAAACAAUACCACUUGCCAGAGAUAUCCGAGUCAAAAAGUGGAAUUAACUUAGAAAAUAAGGCUGAGUAUGAAACUGAUCCAAACAAUACAAUGAUCAACAUGCCCUUGCCAGCGACCGAAUACACUGAGAAGUCGAAGCACACCAAUGAAGUAGAGCAGGCUUGCACCGGGAAGUCAGAUAUGAGCGAUAAAGAACAAGAAACAAACAAUCAAUGAUAAUAAAAAUAUUAUGCAAAAUGAAGGAGAAACUAAAGAGGAUUGUGGAGAAGAUGUGAAAAGAAGAUGAUGAUCAUGGACAGGAUGAAGAGAGGUGGGCCAGAAUAAGGCAUGAAGAAGCAAAAUGAUCCUCCAGAAAGUAAAGACUCAAAAAAUCUUAAACAUAUUAAAGACUUGGAUGAAAAGAAUUCAAAUUAAUUCAGCACAAACAAUAACAUGUUUAUGCCAGAGGCGAGAAAGAUGAGAAUGAGAACCAGGGCCUCCCAAAACAAGUAAUGGAGGAAAAUAAUAGUUUGGAAAUUGGGAGCAGGAUUUGAAAAAACAAUGCUAUACAGAAAGUAGUAGUGUGAAUUAUGAAGUUGAAUUGAAGGAGACACUUAAAAGUCAUCAAAAAUAACAGAAGAUAGGGAAAGAAAUAAUAAAAACACCCUGCAGCAGGAGAAAUUGGAAGAAGGACAGUUGAUCAAAAACAGUGAGCUGGAACAAGGUGUAGAGAAUUAAAGUCAUAUUCCAAAUACUGUAGCAUCAAAUGAUGGCAUUAUUUUAAGAGAUCAGGAGAAAGAAAGAAUUGAUUCAGAAGACACAACUAAUAGCAUUAUUGUUCUAGAGGGAGUAAAAGCAGAAAAGAGGACAAGAGCAUUCAACAACAUGUGGAACUGGAAAGUGAUGGUUUGGGACUGAGGGACUAUGAUUGUGAUGAUGAUAUAUAAAAUGAUCUGACCAAAGAUGAGCAACAAUUCCAUACUUAUACUGAAAGCGAACAAAAUGUCAGCACUAAGGGAGAUAAUGAUAAACCUCCAAUUAGUGUUUGUAGUCAAAUGAAAACCGAAAGGCCAAGAGAAACAAUAGAAAGAGAAAAUGUUGAAGAAAUUAAAGAAAUCCCCAUUGCCAGAGAAAGACAAAGAAGAGCAAGUGAUCAAGAAGGAAGAAGGUGUGGAGUGAAAUAAUCAUGCAAAGCAGGGACUGACUGCAGCAAGACUUGUUGGACUUGUUCUGUUGGCUGCCUGUUAACACCAAAUGGAUAUACAGUAUUUAAAAGGGGAAAAAAAGUUCCAAAGUCAUCAGGCCACCCCAUUGAAGACAAAGUGCAUUAAAGUUAUUGGUAAGCUGCACAGUUGGCUAUGCUGUUAAAAGCUGGUAUUGCUGGAAAAAAAUAAAAUAAAAAAGAUGUCAUUUAAUUAGGAUAAAUUAUUAAAUACACUGUUAAAUAAACAGUGCAUAGUGUGUCAUAACAUGAACAAGAUGAACAAUUAUCAAUGCAUUAAUCAAACACCAAAAA